AUGCUUGGUCUGAAGUCUAGAUUCAUUACUAGGGAGAAAUACAAAAAUCCAUCUGUUGUACGUACACACUGCAUACUUCAUCAUGAAGCUUUAUCACCCAGAGCCUUACAUACUGAAAUGAGAAAUGUCUUGAACAUGGUUAUCAAGGUUGUCAACUUUGUUAAAGGUGGAGCCUUAAACGGUCGUCUUUUCAAACUGUUCUAUAAAGAUGUGGAAUCUGAACAUGAAGCAUUGCUUUUUCACACGAACGUACGAUGGCCAUCAAAGGGAAACAUGCUUGGACGGCUUUAUGAACUACGUGAAGAAGUAGCAAAUGUUCUUGAUUUGCAGCAGAAGGCAGAUCUCCAUGGCAAAUUCCAGUCUGAAGGCUUUCAGCUAUCUCUAGCUUACCUGGUGGACAUCUUCGAAGCGUUGAAUGCUCUCAACCUUAAACUACAAGGGGUAAAUAUUACAUUCUCACACACCAUAACACCACUCAAACUUCGUAGCCAAACUCGUUCUCUGGAAAUGUCGAAUUCAGCAGGGAAAUACAACCAGUUUUUGUUAUUUGGAUUCUGCUCUCAUUCACGGUAA